AGUGAGUGAGAGAGAGAGGAAAUGGAGUUUUAGAGGCACAUGUUGUAGUCGAAAAAGAAUAUAAAUAGGUCUGGUUGGUUGGAAGGGAGAAUAUGAAGAAGAUGAAGAAAGAAUUGAAGAAGGAAAUAGUGAUUCUGGUUCCGUAUCCCGCACAGGGACAUGUCACUCCCAUGCAAAACCUAGCCCGGGCUUUCCUGGCCCAAGGAUUUUACCCUCUCAUUGUCCUUCCCCACUCUUUCCACCGCAAGAUUCACGGUGAGAAGGAGGAGGAGGAGGAGGAUGGGCUCAAGUGGGUGGGCCUGGGUGAUGGAAUGGGCCAGGAGGAGGGAAGCCCAGAUUUCUUUGCGAUCGAAUCGGCCAUGGAGAAGAUGAUGCCGAGUGAGUUGGAAGGGCUGAUAGAGAAGGUGCGUGGAGAGGGUGGUGAGGUGGCGUGCGUCGUGGUUGACCUCUUGGCCUCUUGGGCCAUAGAAUCGGCCCAUAAACGUGGCAUCCCCGUUGCUGGGUUCUGGCCCGCCAUGUUGGCUUCAUACCUCUUCAUCGCUUCCAUUCCUCUCAUGCUCAACCGUCGUCUCCUUUCUCACACCGGAGUCCGAGGUUUAAGUGACGCGCGCGUGCUGAUAAUGACACGAAAAGCGCUAACAGGACUCCCGCAACGCGAGGGAAAAUUCAGCCUCCACCCUGAGCUGCCGGUGAUUUCAACGGAGGAUCUACCGUGGCUCGUCGGAACAGAAGCAGCAAGGAAAGGGAGAUUUAGGUUUUGGAAAAGAACCCUGGAGAGGUCAAGUGCUCUGAAAUGGCUGCUGGUGAAUUCCUUUCCCGAUGAAAGCAAACUCGAAGCGGCAAACAGGAAGUUGAGUUCAGAAGGGUGCCCUCGCGUGUUGCCGAUAGGCCCUAUCUGCAGGAACGGGAUAACGAAAGGCGUGAGCUUUUGGGAGGAAGAUAUGAGCUGCUUGAAGUGGGUGGCAAAGCAGAAGAGGAAUUCGGUUAUAUACAUCUCGUUCGGGAGUUGGGUGAGUCCGAUUGGGGAAGCCAAGCUGAGAAAUCUGGCGGUGGCGCUUGAGGGUUCAGGGAGGCCAUUUAUCUGGGUGUUGAGGUCGAGUUGGCGCCAAGGUUUGCCAAAUGGGUUCUUGGAAAGGGUUGAGAAGGAAGACAGAGGCAGAGUGGUUAGUUGGGCGCCGCAGAAACAGAUUUUGCAGCAUGAGUCUGUGGCUUGUUACAUCACACACUGUGGCUGGAAUUCCAUAUUGGAGGCUUUGCAGUUCCAGAAGAAAUUGUUGUGCUACCCUGUCGCAGGGGACCAGUUUGUGAACUGUGCGUUUGUUGUUGAGGUUUGGAAGGUUGGCUUAAAACUCAACGGGGUGGAGGCAAACGAUGUUGAAGAAGGAAUUGUUAGGGUCGUAGAAGAUAAGGAGAUGGAAGAACGGUUAAGAAUACUGAAUCAAAGAAUCAUGGCUGGUAACAAUAACACAGGAGCUUCCAUGUUCAAAACCUUCCUGGAAGAUCUCAAGAGGGCAUCUUCAACAACUACAACUACUCAAGAUGCAAGUGAAAUAAACAUUCCCUGUUAUUGAUCUUUAAAAAAAAUGUGCUAUAACUAUACAUUGGACUGAAAUUCCCAGAUAGAAUAAUGAUUACUCUUGAGUUGAGGUGAAGAGUUCUGAAACUAUCGAUAAUGUUCUCUACUCUUCAGAAGGAAUAACAACCACUUCAAUCUAUGUAUAUUUUUAGUGGAAGUAUAAUAACAGUAGUGAUUUCCCCUUU